AUGAAUAGUAGAAACGACAAUCCAAAACAUCCACUUGUCGUAAUACAUAAUGUAACAACAUUAUCAACUCAACAAGUCGAAAUAUAUUGUAAAAAAUAUGAUAAAAAUAUUCGUUGUUUUCGUAAAAAAAAUCGAAAUAAUCAUCAAUAUAUACAUGUUUUAUUUUCAUCAAUUGUAACAGCAACAAAUUUUCUCAAUGAUCGACCACACUUUAUUCAAAAUUGUCGAAUAAAUACAUCCUUAGUUAGUGAUCCUCUUUAUGGACCAAAAUUUGUUUGUGUACAAAUCGAUAAACGUGCUUUUGUUACUGAAGAUGAUUUAUAUGAAUAUACAUCAAAGAAUUUUGGACGUGUACUUAAUUGUGUUUUAUAUAAGUCACGUAAUUAUGCAUUUAUUGAAUUUCAUCAAUUAAAUGAUACACAUCGUGCAUUAUCAUCAUCAAAUCAAAAGUUAAAUGGUUAUUUAAUUCAAUAUUGUCCUCGAAAUAAUUCAUCAAAAAUUCUUCCAUUAUUAUCAUUAACACGACUUAUACAUAUUGGAAAUUUUCUAAAUAAAGAUCAAGAAAAACUUCAAUUUUAUUUUCCUAAUUUAAAAAAUUUUACAUUACAUAAAAAUUGUUACGGACAAACAUAUAUAUUAGGAUUAUUUGAUAUAAAUGAUAGUAUUAAAUUAUUAUUAAAACGUGCUUUUUGUUUAAAUGGACGUGUAUUAAACAUAUUCAUUGAUAAUGAUGAUAAAUUGACUGAAUGUGAUAAUUAUCUACUUGUACGUAAUGUACCUUAUCGUUUAAAUGAUUAUAAUUUACUUGAAUAUUUUUCUCAAUAUGGUCGAGUUCUCAAUUGUUAUCGAUAUGGACAAACAGAUGCAUAUCGUAUACAAUAUCGUGAUAAAACAAGUUUAAAUAAAGUGUUAGAAUUCAAUCGAAUACAUGUUAUUAAAACUGUUCGAAUGCAAAUUGAACGUGAACAGAAUUAG